GUCCUGGCGUCUCCACCGGGAGCGCGGUUGCCUGGGUGACUGGGAAAGCCGUUUCCGACCCAGCCGAGCCGAGGUCGAGGUAUUCACCUUCUGACUUCUGUAAGUGUGUCUGGGAAAGUAUGGACCGGCAUAUUCCUAUACACGCGUUGCCUGAAGAAAUCCAGAAGAUGUCUCGUGAUGAGACGGUCUGUAAAUACUGCGGAGUCAGCUAUCUGAUCCUUCACGAAUUUAAGCUUAUGGAAGAGAAGAUGAAAGCGAUGGAAGCAGACAUGAAGUUUUAUCAAGGAAGCGUUGACCGGGAGAGGUCACUCCAAGAAAAGCUGCAGUCUCUUAACCAAGGUUUGCAGCGGUCCGAGGCUGAUGGUAAAGCCCAAACAGAAAGAAUUAGAGAUUUAAGCACACAAUUAGAAAACCAACAAAAAAAAUUUCAGAGUAUGAAUGAAGAGCUGAGACAUUUUCAAGAUGAGCUAAAAGUCGCACAUAGAUGGUCACAACAGUACAGUAAGAAGCUGGAGCAGCACCACAUGACACACAGGAAGACACUGAUGCUACUCAAGUUUUCUAAGAAGGAACUCGCGAGCAUUAAAAAUGAAGUCACUUACACCCUCCAGAACUGGGUUUCCCUGAGCGAGGAAAUGGCGCUACAAAUUCAACACGUUAGCGAAAGAGUGGUUUUGACAGAAAUGGCCAAUCUGAAUAAAACUUUAACAGCAGUCCAGCGAGACAAGGUACGCCUGGAGGAAGAAGUAAAGAAUCUGAAAGUGGUGUCAGAUACGGCCUUGUUGAAAUCACAGCAGAUUCAGGUGAUAGGCCAGCAAGAAGCAGGCUUGCUAAACAGAUGCCAUGACCUUCAAAAGGAAGUACUAGAUUUACAAAGUCAAACAGAGGCCAUGGUGCUGAAGUUUCAGAAAGCAGCCAGUGAAACUGACCAGUACAAAGAAAUGCUCAUGGUUAAAUCAGAUGAAGCUGAUGAGUAUCAGAGAAAAUGUAGAAAACUGAAGUUUGAAAGCAAAAUUUCUGAAACACGACAUGCUAGAGAGCUAAAAGAGAAGGAAGACUCUUUGCUGGCUUGUCAACAAAUGUGCAAACAUUUACAGGAAGAAGUGGCUGGAAAAGAAAGGCUAGAAGAAAACUUGAAGAGAAGAGUCAGCCUCUCAGAGAAUGAACUGGAAACAACAAAAAUUCUUCUGAAUCAGGCAAACGAAGAGGCUGUAACAAUGAAAAAUGAAAGGGAGUUAAUGCUGAUUUCACAUCAGAAUAGACUUGAGCAGCUGCAGGAAAACUUCAGACAGAAGAUGCUGAGCGAUGAUAACUGGAGAGAAAAGCUUGAAUCUGAACUCAAUAAAGAGCGAAUGCGACACCAAGCUGAGUGCCAAGAGCAAGCUUUUCGGCUGAAGGAAGAAGCUAAACUGGAACUUGCCAUUGAAAAGGAAAAACACCAAGAAGUGAUAAAACAAUAUCAGAAUGAGCAGGAGAAGCUUCAGAAGAAGAUGACUGACUUAAUAGCCAAUGCUACCAACAACCUGAGGAUGGAAAUUGCCACUCUAGAGAGGAAGCUCCAAGAAACCCAGAUGAAACUUACUGAAAAAACAGCAUUGAAAGAAGAGGAGAUCCAGAGCCUCAAGGUUUUGGUUGCAGAAUUUGAAUGCCGCCUGAGGAAGGAGAUGGACAACUCCAACUCCAUUUCUGAGGAUUUGAGGAAGGAGAUAAAGCAGAAGUCAGAUGAAUUAGAAAAAGUCACCCAGGAACAGACCCAGCUCAUGCAGCAGCUUAAUCAGGCCCAGGAGGAGAACACCUUUCUUCAGGAAACAGUGCGGAGAGAGUGUGAAGAGCGCUUCCAGCUGACCGAAGCUCUGAGCCACGCCCGCGAGCAGCUUCUGCAAGUCCAGAAGCUCCGUGGGGCCUUGCCAUCGGCUCGCUGUUCGCUCGGUCAGGGGAGCCCGACCUCCCCGGCUGCCCCCGUGGUCAGCGACGGAGGCAAAAGCCUCGCCGGCGCAGCCCCGGGAAAGGCCAUCAAAAUGCCCGUGCUGCCAGGCGCCUCCCAGAGCGCGCACAGGUCCCCAGGUGGGAGCAGCUCCGGCCUCCCUGCCCCCAGACCUCCCAAGGCAAAGGCGGCUCCAGGCAGCGAGAGCAGGCGCAGCUGGACAGCCGCGAUCGUGCAGAAGAGACCGAGCCAGCAGUAG